ACUUCUCUGGUCAGAAUUGGAAUAUUUAUCCUCUGAGUGCAUAGGAUUAUUUCACCAACUGGACAUGAUUUGAUCGGAAUGAGAAGAGACUAGUUAUUUGGUCUCCAUCAUUACCUGGACAGUGUGAGGACAGGGGAUAUCAGUGACUGUAUCCUGCUGGGAUGUGGGGUAGAACAGCCAGCUCCAUUGUGUCGGAUUUAGCCUUCCAGUAGUGAUAGUCUGUCAGCAGCUUGUUGUCGUUGGAACCAAACUGGACGAGCUGUUUUGCUACAGUAUGAAUCUAACACAGGCGCUGAAACUUGUCACCUAUUCAGGGACAGUGAAACCAAAGAUGGAGGAAUUAACGAUAUGGGAGCAGCAUACCAUCACACUGAACAAAGAUUCCAAGAUGGGGUUUGGCUUUGCCAUAUCCGGGGGCAGAGAAAAGCCCAACCCGGACUCCGGGGACACGGCCGUCAUAGUUUCAGAUGUGGUUCGGAAUGGACCUGCUAUGGGCAGACUGUUUGUCAGAGAUCAGAUUGUCAUGGUCAACGGAGUGUCCAUGGAGAAUGUCUACUCUACUUUCACCAUCCAGAACCUCAAGUCAUGUGGCAAGAUUGCUAACAUAACAGUGAAGCGUCCUCGUAAGAUCCAGAUCCCGGCCACCACCAGGCCGACGCGGGCCUCCUCCCAGUCCAACCUGCUGGACCAGGAACCGCGACAGAGGACCCGGCGUUACUCUGACGGCAGCGACCAGGCUGACCGCUACCGCGCUGCCAGCAGCAACACCUUGGACCGCAACGGGACCUCUAACGCCCUCCCGUUCAGUUCUGGGUACAAACGGCUGCCACGCCAGGACUUCCCGGACAAGCCAAUCAAAACCACCCUCCUGAAGAAGAAACUCACAGACGAGUACGGCCUGAAGUUGGGGAGCCAGAUCUUCAUCAAACACAUGACUGACACGGGUCUAGCCUCCAAGGAGGGCACCCUGCAAGAGGGAGACCUCAUUCUCAAGAUCAAUGGGAUGACCACAGAGAACCUGUCCCUCUUAGAGACCAAACACCUGGUGGAGAAAUCCCGGGGCAAGCUGACUAUGAUGGUGCUGAGAGACGACCGCAGGUUCCUGGUCAACAUCCCCGAAGUGGAGGACAGUGAAGAGGACCACCACAGCAACAGCAGCUCCGAAUUGGAUGACAUUUCCGACCUGGACACAGACUUACCCACUAACAGAGACCGAAUGUCCCGCUCUGCCACCAGGGAACGACGCACGCGCAGGAGAGCUGAACCUCCUCCCUUAGUUUCCAAGUCACGGGACUCGUCCCCAGUGAGGUCGACACUGUCACGGCCUGCUAAAGCCUAUCCUUCUCGCAGAGCGCCCUCUGAGUCCGAGUCAGACCGUAGUCCCUCACCGCCUGCUUUUAACAAGAACAACCCAGACCACAGCAACAAAUACAGCAGACCUCUUUCAGGGAUGUCGAUCCUGCCCAACCCCAAAGCCUCCCCAUCAGCCCUGGACUGGGCCGCCCCGCGUCCCUCAUCCACCGUCUCCACCUUGAGACCUCGCAAAGCGGUUUCUGAGUCCGACUCGGACCGAAGUGCCUCCCCACCGCUUGGCAGGAGAGAUGGUCCACGGGUCACAGAGGACCGCUCCAGAUACAAAGUGCUCCCGGACCUACCCCACUCUGGGACGCUGCGAUCCUCCCCCAUCGUCAUUCGUCCGGACCCCCCCCGAUCGGUCGCCUCUCCGGUCAGAAUCCCACCCCCAGACUCUGACUCAGAGUCAGACAGCAGCGCCGGGCUUCCCCAAAGACAGGGCACCCCUCACAGCCAGGACUCUCGGAACAGAUACAGAGCCACUCCCUUGGUAGACUUGGGGCCCCAGGUGGAGUCCCCCAAGUGGAAGUCUGCCAGCGUCACCAUGAGCAAACCCCCUAAAGGUCCCUCAGAGUCAGAAUCCGAGGCAAGUUAUGCAUCAGUCCCUCGACGGGACUCUGUAGAGAGUGACGCUUCCAGCUCCCGAGGAUCCAAAAACAGAGACCGAGUGCUGCCUGAAUUAAGGUCCUCUCCUCCUCUAGUAGUGAGUCAGGAGCUCCCUCGACUAAACAGAACCCCUUCCAGACCGCACUCAGAUUCCUCUGAGUCGGGCCGAAACCCUUCACCUCCCAGGAGGUCUGGGAGUACAGAUGUAGACAGCAACCACAGUUUUCCACGCAAAGCCAAUGGCGCUGUCCGUUCUGGGAUUUCCAUGAAGAGCAACCCCCCAGUCUACUCCAAGUCCGAGGAGCCCAUUUACUCCCUUCCCCCAGACUCCAUUCCCGCACCUAGCCUGGGGUACAGCUCUGAUAUGAACACAGUAUCUUUUGUAAAGGACAAGAGCGUUGGCCUGAGACUGGUUGGAGGCAAUGACGUAGGCAUCUUUGUGGGUGGGGUUCAGCCCAACAGCCCUGCUCAGCUGCAGGGCAUGAAGGAGGGGGACCAGAUCAUGCAGGUGAAUGGGGUGGACUUUAGUCAUUUAAUCCGUGAAGAAGCUGCUUUGUUUCUGAUGAACAUCAAGACUGGAGAGCAGGUGGAGAUCCUCACUCAGAACAAGAUGGACAUUUACAAGAAGAUCCUGAAGUCCAACUUGGGAGACUCAUUUUAUAUCCGGACCCACUUUGACAACGAAGCAGAGGAGCAACACGGCUUGUCCUUCACCAGAGGCGAGGUGUUCAGGGUGGUGGACACCAUGCACAAGGGCAAGCUGGGAAAGUGGCUGGCGGUACGCAUGGGCAACGACCUGCAUGAACUGGAUAAGGGCACCAUCCCCAACCAGUCCAAGGCAGAGACUCUGGCCAGCAUCGAGCAGGCUCAAAGAGCCAGUGGAGGAGGUGGGGAUCGCCAGGUAUCCGGGCCCAGAGCAGAGUUCUGGAAACUACGGGGACUCCGAGGGGCCAAGAAGAAUGUCCGCAGGACUCGUGACGACCUGCUGCAGCUUACAAUCCAGGGCAAAUUCCCAGCCUAUGAGAGGGUUCUGCUCAGAGAAGCUAAUUUCAAACGUCCGAUUGUCAUCCUGGGUCCUCUCAACGACGUGGCUAUGGAGAAGCUGGUCAAAGAGAUGCCUGAUGAAUACGAGGUGGCAGAGAUGGUUCCUCGUAGUAGUAGUGGAACAGACAGCGCUUCCACAGUCAUCAAGCUGGACACCGUACGAAGUAUUGCAGAGAAGAACAAGCAUCCUCUACUGGACAUAACUCCAACUGCAGUGGAACGUCUGAACUACAUCCAGUACCACCCCAUGGUGCUGUUCUUGGACCCACACAGCAGGAAGGAUGUCAAGGCCAUGAGGCAGAAGUUGUGCCCCAACUCCAACAAGAGCUCCAGACGCCUCUAUGCACAGGCCCUAAAGAUGAGGAAGCACUGCAGCCAUCUGUUCGCAGCUCGUAUUGACCUCCAGCCCAGCUCUAAUGUGUGGUAUGAAUCUCUGAAAGACAAGAUCAGACACCAACAGGCGAAACCUGUCUGGGUCUCAGAAGGCACGUUUGAGGGAGGAGGAGAGGAAGAGCUGGAUGCAUUGGACCGAAACCAUUCAGACUACCUGAGCGGUGCCAGCGACCUGGAGGACACCGAUGGAGAGGCCUUCACAGACGGAGAGAUCUACACCGACAACGAGGACCUAGAGGAGCAGUUUGACUCCGGCAAACAACCUCGGGUUUCCAGGCCCACCGCGCUAGCCAGGUCCUCUGAGCCUGCUUCUGAGUACCACAGCCCGGACCCAUCCCCUGAGCCUCUGAAAGAGGUCCCGCCCCUGAUGUCUGUGCCCGUGCCCAGAUCAGUCCGUCUUCCGUCCGACGGCACCGCUCAUGUUGUCGUUGCGGACGACGACACCCCGUCCACUCAUAGCUUUUCGGAUUCAGACUUUGACGCCAUUGAUCGGGCUGUUACAAAUUCCCCAUCAGACACACCCCCCAACUUCAUUGCCCCCAACCCCAAGCUGCUGCCGGAGAGUCCCCCAGCCGUCACACUGUCAGUCAUAGAGAAGAAACUCCAACAGACCCGUAUGGCAGAACCAGAAGAGAAGAAAGCUUCCCCAUCGUUUAUUGUGUUGGCUCACCACCAGGCUGUUCAGACGAGACGCUCCCAAAUCCGAGGCAGUGAUAGCUCUGACGACAACGAUGAGACUGAGGACAUUGAGUGGGGUCCAGCUACCGAACUUUAGUUUGCACACAGGACUACAAAACAAGGAUGUUGGAGCAUGUGAUUCCAACCCCUGUUGAGCAGACAUCGCCGUGUAUCAUGGGUGAAUUUUGACAAACUGAUCCACCAAUAAUAAUUAGUAGUUAUUUAUGAUGCAGGGUUUAUGUAGAUCAGUCAGUCAGAAGCCGUCUACUGCAGGCUAAAAUACUGAACAAACCCAUUGCCUCCUAAAUAGAAGUGAAAUGCUCUCAACUUUGGACUUCUAGCAUCACUUGUUUUUCUUCUUUUGGACUAACAUUUUCUUUGGAGAGCAAGGUUGGACACCCACUCUCAGGGCUGCCUUAAGUCAUGGGAGUUCCUCUGGCACUGGCUUUAGGAGACCAGAGCUCAUACCUAUUACACAUCUUGCAGUACAACAAAUGUGUGUGCCUUUUUUAAUAAAUGCUAUUUUUUAGCAACUGUUGAUUUUACCAACAACAGCAACAACUUUGAUAUUAAGGUCAUUAAGGUCAAUGUCAUUCGAAACCCUUGGGUAAAAUGUAUGAAGGCUCAAUGUUCUUUCCUGCUUCAUCUAUUAUUAAUUUGUAAAGAUAACCUUUUUGGUUCAUUAAAGAUUACAGGCAAAAAAAUGCCCUUCCCAUUGUUUUUCAUCCUGUCAAGAUCUGCACCAUGUCAUUUUCUGUUUAAAUAUUCCAAACUGUUUCUUAAUAAUGAAACAAUUUAACAGCCUCUUCAUUAAAUCCUUAAACCAAC